CGCUAACUCGAAUUACCGAUGCGCACGCACUUGUGUUCCUCUAAACCCCUCAUACGCUCGGAAGAGAAAUAUCUCACCCGCACCAAACCCUAAUAGCCCCCAUCACUCGCCCACCCCAUCGGAGCUCGUCCUCUCUCUCGCUCUCCGCGACGGCCAUGGCGGAAUCCGAGGCGGCGGCGGCGACGGAGACCUCGGUGGUGACCGAGCACGAAGCGGCGGCGGCGGAGGAGGAGGUGGUGUCGCCGCCGGUUUCAGCGGCGGCGGUGGCGGCGGAGGAGGUGGAUGCGGAGCAGGGAGAGGAGGCGUCGCGAGGAGGAGGAGGAGGAGGAGAAGGAGGAGGAGGAGGAGAAGGAGGAGGAGCGGUGGAGGAAGAAGCUUCUCCGGUGGAGCCGUCGGGGGACGACGAUGUACCACCCGCCGCUUCCGAUCACAAGAGGAAGCUCGAGGAUAUGGAGGCGCCGGAGAAGGAGGCGGAGGAGUCGAGGGCAGCUCCAGAUACGGCGGCGAAGGAGGAGGAGGAGGCGGAGGGGACGUUGGAUGGCGAUGCGAAGCGGCAGCGGGUGGACGGGGAGACCGGUGGAUUAGCUGAUAGUGAAGACCAGGAAGUGGAGAAGUCGGAAGGUCCACCAGCCGUCAAUGGUCAGUAUCCUUUACCAGAUAAUUUGCAGCCUGAAGAGGAUCUGCCAAAAUCAACAACAGAAGCUUCCGGACAAGAUGGUGAUUCUUCUGGUGGACAGCUGGAUUCUGAUGACCUUUCAUUGCAAACAUCAUCUCGCAAAAUAGAAGUUCCUAAUAAUAAGGUUGGUGUGCUUAUUGGUAAAGCUGGGGAAACGAUCAAGUUCCUGCAAAUCAAUUCAGGGGCUAAAAUUCAGAUCACAAGGGAUGCACAAGCUGAUCCGCAGUCUUCUACUCGACCUGUUGAACUGAUAGGCUCUCUCGAAAGUAUCAACAAAGCCGAGAAGCUAAUUAGGGAUGUCAUAGCUGAGGCUGAUGCAGGUGGUUCUCCUGCCCUUGUGGCUAAGGGUUUUGGAACUGUGCAAUCUGGCGCUGAGCAAAUCGAAAUACAAGUUCCCAAUGAGAAGGUUGGAUUGGUUAUUGGAAAGGGUGGGGAAACAAUUAAGAACCUACAGACACGAUCUGGUGCUCGCAUUCAGUUGAUACCUCAGCACCUUCCUGAGGGUGACUCGUCAAAGGAAAGAACUGUACGUGUCACUGGUGAUAAGAAACAAAUAGAAGUUGCAAAAGAAAUGAUCAAAGAAGUUAUAAGUCAGACCCCGUCAAGGCUGUCAUCGCUAUCGGGCGGACAUGGCCAGCAAAGCUACCGUCCGCGUGGGCCGAGCACCGCUGCUUCCCAUUGGGGACCGCGCCCGCAGCAGCCAACAGCAGGGGGCUACGACUACCCGCAAAGAGGUAUGUAUCCGCCUCAAAAUGCACAGCAGUACCCUCAGUCCUAUGGUAGCAGCUACUCGCAACAACCUCCUCGGACCGGAAUGAGCACAUCUUGGGACCCGAGGGGGCCGGGUGGCCACCCUUCACAAAGUGGUGGCUACGACUACUACCGGCAGGGUUCCCAACCUUAUGACGCUCGCUCAUCCGGCACUGGGCCUGCUCCUGGUUCUGCUCCGGUGAACUACAACUAUGCGGGUCAGUCACAAGCUUCGGGCUAUGGGCAACCGAAUCCCUACCCGCAAUCGGCGCCUUCGACCCAACAGGCUUACGGGCACGGAUAUGGGGAGCCCAAGUAUGAUGCUCACACUGCAGGUCAGCAGAUGUACGGAGGACAUCAACAGCCACCGAUGGGCUCUCAGCCGGGCUAUCCACAGCAGCAGCAGCAAGAUCCAUACGGCAAGCCUCCUUAUGGAGGAGCCCAGCAAUCCUAUGGGCCUCCUCAAGCACCAGCUCCUUCUUAUGGUUCGGGUGCGCCUGCUCCACAAUCGUACCCGUACGGCUCAACUGUGCCGUCGCAGCCGAACCCUAAUUAUGCUCAACCCUACGGGCCGCCCUCUGGUACUGCUGAUGGCUAUGCUCAAUCCUAUCCACAGCAGAGCGGGCAGUACGGGCAGGGGUACCCUCAGCAAGGGGCGCAGCAGUACGGACAGUACCCGCAAGCCCAACCGGGCUACGCUGACCAGUCGGUGGCUAACACUGCAAACUAUGGGUACCAGGGAGGGGCGGCGGCGGCGGAUGCAGGGUACGGGAAUAGUAUGCCAAGCUCAGGAUAUGGUGCCCCAGCUCCUGCUGGCGGAGGAUAUGGGGGGCAGGCGCAGGCAGGGUAUGUGCAACCGCCGCCGAAUCAGUCGGGGUACGAGCAGUCGGUGCCACCCUCGGCGGCGCAGCCAGGUUACGGUGUACAUCCUGGGGGAGCGCAGGCUGGAUAUGCAAAGGGCCCAUCUCCGCAGCCUGGGUAUGGAGGUCAGUGGCAGGUAUGAUUUCGUGCAGUUUGUAUUUGUCCACUGUGGUUUAGUCCUACGUCAGGUAGUCUCAGCGUUUGCAUCUUUGCAGUUGUUAUUUUGUUACUUUGAACCAUGUUCUCUUUCGAAACUUCUUUGCUUUAUGAUGUUAUCGAACCCUUUAGAUGUUUGAGUAUGGAAAUAUUUUAUUCCAUCGCUUCAUUUUUUGCUUCUGCAAACCAAAAAAAAAAAAGAAAAAAAAAAGAUUUGUAGUGUUUAGUGUAAAAUGUAUGGAUGGACACUUAAGGUUCUGAACUAUGUAUACAUAUGUUCUACUUC